GCAUGCGCCUGUGCUUGCUCUGGGGAUGGGCGCCUUGCGUGUUUGGCGUUGGGUUUCGGGGACCUGGCGGCCCGGGUUCGGAGCUGGCGUACGGUGGAGAGAUGCAGGCUUCGGCACCGAGGCCCGGCGUCGCCCUCAACCUCAAGCUUCCAGCAAGAGCAAGGACCCAGUGGAGGACCAGCCCUUCCCGGGGCUUCUGCGGACAGAGAACCUCGGCGUGGAAGAGCUGGUUGACGUGCUGAAGGCAGCUGUGGUAGAUCAGAAAGGACCUCUGGUGACACUGAACAAGCCGCAGGGUCUGCCUGUGACAGGGAGACCCGGGGAGCUGACGUUGCUUUCUGUGCUGCCGCAGCUGAGCCAGGCCCUGGGGCUUGGACACCGGGAGCUUCAGGUUGUGCGAGCACCUGGAAAGGAGGCCUCUGGGCUUGUGCUCCUCUCCAGCUGUCCCCAGACAGCAAGCCGCCUGCAGAAGUUCUUCGCUCACUCGAGGAGAAGCCAGAAGCCCACAGCCACCUACUGUGCCAUCACUGAUGGAGUCCCUGAGCCUUUUGAGGGGACUGUCAGCGUGGCUCUGAAGCUGGAACGCAUGGAUGGCAUUGAUCUUGCAGUCCCAGUGACAUCCCCAUCUCGAAAGGACAUCCUAGAAGGCGUCAAGAGGACCCUCAGCCAUUUUCACGUGAUGGCCACAGGCGGUGGCUGUGCCCUGGUCCAGCUGCAGCCGCUGACAGUGUUUCCCAGUCAACUGCAGGUGCACAUGGCUCUGCAGCUCUGCCCGGUGCUUGGGGACCACACCUAUGCUGCUCGAGUGGGCACUGUUCUAGGCCAGCGCUUUCUGUGGCCGGCCACGACCACCAAACCCCAGAGACAGGUCCUGGAUGAAGCUCUCCUCAAACGCCUCCGCCUGCGCCCUUCCCAGGUGGCCCAGAUGCCCUUGCACCUGCACCUGCACCGCCUCCUUCUCCCAGGCACCCGGCCCAGGGACCCUCCUGGGGAACUUGUGGCACCUGUGCCCUCUUACUUCUCUUGGACCCUGCAGCGCCUGCGGCUCUCCCAGAAAUAGACAGCAUCUGACCCCAGUGGAAAAUGCAAAGAGGAAGGGCUGUGACCCACCUCACGGACCUGGGCUCCUUAUCUGCCAAUCUAAGAUCAAAUCCCAGUUAGGCUACUUGCUUGCUGUGUGGCCUUGGGCAGUUGACUUUCCUCUGGACUUAAAAUAAUAAAAGCCCUACCUCAUAA